GGUGGGAAAGAGGCUGCAAGAUUUUCACACACAAUAUAAAGGAAUCAGAUUUAAAAGCUCCUCGGUCAGAGUCCGACUUCACCACAGACAACAUGAAAUUAUGAUUUAUGGUCUUGAACAAACAGGUGAGACGGAGCUCAGACUCGAUCAUGUACAGAGGACACGUCCCCUCCAUCCUCCAUCUAUUACAGCUCCUACACCCUUGCAUGGCUCUCAGCCUCUGCUUCUGCCCUGCUGUUGCCAUAGCGACCACCGGGGUAAAGACUCAAAACAACUUACUGACAAAAAAAAAAAAAAAGGAAAAAAAAGAAAUCUACUACCUUUGGAUGUUAACUUGUUAACUGCUCUAAAUGAGCCUCCUCACAUGGCUGAAACAUCAGCUAUCUGUGGCACUGCACAAUUAUCUCAAGAAAGCCAAUAGCAGAUUUUCCUAAAGCCACUGGGAUAAAAUUUGUGGUGAAUCACAUUUUUGGUGAUUGUGUUGUUUUUUUCCCAGCGUUUUUAAUUUAUAAUUUAUAAUAAUACAUUAUUAUAGACCAUACAUGCUUACAAGCAAAAUUAAAGAUGCACUAAUGCCAGAAAAUUUGUCCUUUUGUGCCAAGCCACUGAGUGAAUCGUCUUGUCAAAACCAUAAACGAUCUUUGGCUGUGCCUUCCGUACACAAUAGCAUUCUUUCAGUGAACACAGCUCGCGCUAGGACCCAGGUCGGGCGCCGGGGGAAGUCCUCUGCUGCUGGCGGGGCAAGGCAGAGCACAGAAACACACGCAUCCCCGCACACACACACACACACACAAACACACACAUACACACACUCACCGAGCUCUUCUCCGACAGAGGAGAGAGAGAGAGAGAGCGCAGAGAGGGAUAAACAGGGAGAGAGAGGGAGAGAGAGAGACUAUAGGAACGCAGCGGCUUGUGUGCGUGUGUGUGUGUGUGUGUGUGUAGGUACGCUCGCUCGGUGGUAGAAGCGACUGGCGGGGCGGAUAUGGAGGGGCUCGGGAAAAACGCUGGGAACUGACCGAGCACCAAGACGAAGAGGGAGAGAGAGAGAGAGAGAGAGAGAGAGAAGAAGGACGGACGGACAGCACGGAAGGAAGGAAGGAAAGGAGGAGAGGAGGAGAGAGAGAAGUCUGACAGAGGAGAGGAAGAGUGUGAAGAAGGGGCUCGCCUGGAACACAGAAGGAUCCUAAGGAGUGAGCCCUGGGCUGGAUGGGACCCACCAUGCCCCCCAGUAAGAAGGCCCAGAGCCCCAGUAGUGGAGCCAGUGCUUCGCAGGGCAUGAGCCCGCCGUACCGGCAGGGGGACGCAGCCACGGCAGCAUCUGAGGCCGAGGCGGCUGACCUCUCCCUGUCCCUGUCCGCCUCCUUCUCCAAGGCUGAGGACGAGGAGCUCACCAGCCUCUCCUGGCUCCACGAGAGCACGGACCUCCUCAACAGCUUCAGCCACUCGGGGCUGCGUAGCGUCUCCCCUCUGCAGGACCCCGACGGUCAGCACCCCCGCUCGCCCUCCUCCUCGUCUCCCUCCCCGGACGACCCCCUGCUCGGCGACGCACACUCGGGUUACGACUUGGCAGCAGGGGCUAACCGAAAACCGCCGUAUUCCUUCAGCUGCCUGAUCUUCAUGGCCAUUGAGGAUGCGCCAAACAAACGGCUGCCUGUUAAGGAUAUCUACGGCUGGAUCCUGGAGCACUUCCCAUACUUUGCAAACGCCCCCACAGGCUGGAAGAACUCAGUACGCCACAAUCUGUCGCUCAACAAGUGCUUCAAGAAGGUGGAUAAAGACCGGAGCCAGAGCAUAGGCAAAGGCUCCCUGUGGUCCAUAGAUCCGGAGUAUAGGCACAACCUGAUCCAGGCGCUGAAGAAGACGCCGUACCAUCCCUACUCGCCCGGCCUGGCCACCCCCUCCACCUCUCCACCCACCCUGCCUCAGACAUUUCACCACAGUCCACCAUUGUGGUCGGGGAGUCCCCUCUUCAGAAAGAACGGAGGAGUUCUCCUACAAGUUCCUCGUGGUGUGAUCCAAAAUGGCGCCCGCGUCAGGAGCCAGGCACUCUUUCCUGUGAUCAGACCCCUACCUGUAAGCCCUGUGGGGAGCAGAACCUCGGCCAUAAGAUCAUCCCUAGGAGAUUAUCUAAGCCGGGGACAGGACAGCCCAUCCUGCUACUCUCCUCCGCCCUGCAGUGAGGACCUCCAGGAUGACCACACUUACAGCACCGCCAAAUCCCCCAGCAGGCUGUGCUCCUCCCAGGUCGCAGCCCCUUCCUCCCCCCUGGACGAUGACGACAUCAUCGCUGUGGAGAUCCAAUCAGACGUCAAACCCGAGCCCCGGGAGAUCCCACUGGAUUCUCACAUCACCACUGCCGCCGCUACCUACAUUUCCCAGCAGCCCCUGCGCGGACAGAGACGUAGUUCGGGGGCAGGAGCUGGGACUCUGGCAGGAAGCAGUUUGCCCUGGACCAAAAACCGAGCAAAGGGCAUUAGCGACACACUGCCGCUGAAGAAGCGGCGCGCGGCGGCGGUGGAGAAGCCGCCGGAGAGUGACGACGAGGAGAUGAAGGAGGCGGCGGGGUCGCUGCUCCACCUGGCAGGGGUCAGAGCCUGCCUCAACAACAUCACAAACCGCACCGCCAAGGGCCAGAAGGAGCAGAAAGAGGCCCUGAGAAACUAAAACACACACAUAGAACAAGUACAUAGUCAUGCAAACACACACAGACGAUAUACAGCUCAAAGCACGCACACACACAUUAACACACAGACACAUAUACAAUACACAAAUAGGUCAACAGGUAAUGUUACAACAGCAUUAGUCUCAACGGACAAUUCUCAUCUCCCUCUAUCUAUCUGCAGGGCAUUAGGUGAAUCCUACUUAUUUGUGGCAAUAUCAAAAAUCUAUGUUUUCCUACAUGUUCAGCAACACUAACAUCAAUGGGUAUUUCUCAUGUGUCUUUGUUGUUUUUGUUGUUUAAAAGGGGAUGAAAGCCAUAAAAAAAAGCAUGUUUUGUCACUAAUUUGGACAAGUCGAACACGACUAAACUGAAUCACAUUGAGGAGCGUACAGUACAUGAACAGAAGAUGGCUGUUUGUCUUACCUGUUUGUUUCUAUGUGAAUCUGUAGCAAUCUUGCAGUGAUGCCAGCAAAGAUGGCAGAGCCGACGAGACAAGCCUAUUUAACAAGACUUAGAGCCUCUCUCGGCCGCUCGCUGGCAUCACUCUCCUACAUCCACGAGCACAAAUGUGAGACUGUGCCAAAGAUAAGCGACCAGGUUGCUUCAUGUAGCCGAUAUGACAGCUGACAAAAAAAAAAAAAGAAGGCAUAGUAGUAAAGAAGAGCUAGAGAGAAUGACCUUAAGUGUCAAAAUAAUUGUAAAACCCAAUGUGAUAUAUAUUCAUGCACUUCAGAUUAUUUUACGCCACUUAUAAUAAAAGCAUCAUGGGUAAAGACAUGGUUUAUUUCAAGAGCACUCAUAGUAUUUAAGAAUAGAUAUAUUAAAAUUUAAAAAAAAAAAAUGGUCAUGUUUAUCACCAUAGAGAUGGAUAGUGUGCCGGGUCUGAGGCAAUAUCUCCUUCAUUUUGUUGUUGUUGUUGCAUAAUGUAAACGUCCCUUAAACUUCCCCAGUACUUCUGUCCAUAGACGUAGACACCUGGUAUAGAUAUCGUAGCUACCAGUAGCUACCACACCUUCCUAUUCAUUUGACAAUGUCAAAGAACUAUAUACAUAAACUGUGGGUUUAGAUUUCUGUUUGUGUCUGUUUACCUUCACUCUACCCUCAUAAAGAUAUAAGCAAUUUGUCCCGUGUGGACAACUCUGUAAAAAGGUUAGAAAAUAUUUUAUUUUUUUCCUUUCUUAAUUGAAGCAAUUUGACCUGCAGGACUUUCUCAGUUAUAUUGCAUGGGUGCUUGUAAAUAAGAUAAAAAGCAAAUCUUUUUUAUUCAAAGAUCAUGUAAGAUAAACGAUGUAUUUAGCAUGAAGCAUGACUUAUUUUCAUAUAAACCUUGAUCCUAGAGGAAAGAAAAAAAGUUUUGCCGCCAAUUCUUAUACCCGUGAUUAUAUUGGAGUUUUUUUUGUUUGUUUUUUGUUUUUUGGUUUUUGUUUUUGUUUUUGUUUUUGAGUUUUGUUUUUGUUUUGUUUUGUUUUUUAUGUUUUUUUUUUUGGUUUUCCUUUUCUUUUGGGUUCUGUUUUUCUGAGCGGGCUUUCAAGACACGUCUUCAGGGAGGAACAUGGGAGAUCACUCUGCAAUUAGAGGCCCAAGGGUGCCUCCUCUGGGCUUCGGGUUCAGGCUAUGUAGGCCAGCUGAAUCACCUCUUAGGGGUGGGCUUCCGUCUUCUUCUGCCUGUACAGUGAUUUUUAGGUGUUCAGUGUUAACCCCAGUGUUAUUUCAGCACACAAACUCUCACGAGUGUGUGAGUUUGUGCGCCCAGGAACACACACCCUUUAACAUUGUGCCUGCCUGCCUGCCUGCCCUCAGUACCUCUGUUGUCAUGUCUCUGACAUGUUUUGACAGAACGUUACCUGUCUUUAUUUAUAACAGUGUUGUUUUUAUUUCUCUCCUGUGUGUAUAUGUACAUGUGUCCUUAUUUUCCAUCAGCAUUGUUCAGUGUAAAUGUAUGGAUCCGAUGGGCAUGGGAAUCUUUGUAGGUGUCCUGAAAGAACCUCAUAUCUCCAAAAAGGCUACUUGGGAGUUGAAUUGAAAAGAAAGAGGAAUGUAGACACAAAAAAGUUUGUUUUCUAAUUUACAUACAGUAUUGCUAACCCUUUGAUUAAAGGUACUACUUGCCAUUGUGGAUGUCAAGCUUGCAUACAGUCUAUCACAUAUUUAUCUCAAGAGGCCAAUCUGGAGAUCAGAGGUAGAUUUUUUUUAAUAUAUUUUGCCACUUUACAACAUGUAUGUGUAUCUCACUUAGCAUUGACAUUGACUUGAUUGAAAUUGGCAAUGGCAGUAGUGAGCUUUGAUGUUGUUUGCAUCAGAAGUGAUAUAAAUACUGCACUGCCAUUAUUCGGCAUGCUUUUGCUUAAACAGCAAUGCAUUAAAGUAUUAUUUUUCCCUCACCUGCAGAGAUGAAGUGCGUAUAAAAAGCAGCUUUGUAGGAGAAAACAUCAGCUGGGUUUUGUUGUAGCAGCAGAGUCGCACAGCUUUUGUUUAAGCUGAAUAGACACCGAGUGAUUGUCAGCGAGCCAAGAUGGAAAACAAAUGCAUGUCCCAUCCACUGGUACAGUGUUUUGCCACCUGUAGCAUGCAUCACUGGCUUUGCAUUUUGUAUGGUAUCCAUGCCGGCAUAUAAAAAAAGGCUAAAAAGAGACACUGUCAGUGUUCUUGUUGUGUGCCAUCCGUCUCUUGUCUGAUAUCUGUCUGAGUGCUCCCGCGGCCCAGGUCAAGCACUCUGCUGUAUUUGCAGUAACAAUCCACUGUUGUGGUGACUAAUAACAUGUUCAGUUGGCAAGAGGCAUGUCGAGGGGAGUAUAUGUUGCUUUAGCAACCACCAUUUUUUCCUCUGACUCACUCAGUGACAUGCAGGAAAGAUGAACUCCUGACCUACGCGUCCUGGAAAAACAGAGCAACACAUAAAAUAUACCUGGGACAUUUUAAAGCAAAGGAAAUAUACUUCACUGCCUGAAAAGCCCCUAAAACAAGUGUUUCUUUCAAGCCUGCCAAACACACAGUUAAAUGCUCUAAAAGAUGUAGUUGCCAUUUUUUAUUUGUUGAUGUUUUUAUGCACAUUUUCAUUUUCUGUUUUGUUUUCUCUCUGACAAAAUUAACUACAAUACUGCCAUUAUUUUUCGGUGACUGUCUGAGCUGAAUAUUGGAAAGCCAUAGGUUAGAGAUGUCAAAAUGCAAAACUGUUAUUGAUCUGUGAGAUGUGAUACAGAGUACGCCCAGGUGUUGGUUUUUUCAGUAAAUGUUCAAUUCUCUUCUUAUUGUGCAAUCAUAUUGCCAAAGAAUGAUUUCAAGACCUAUUUCAUCACUACAUGUAAAUAUCAACGUUGUCCAAUACCGUGGCAAAAAAUAUAUAAAUGUUGUUUUAUUUUGUUUUCCAUUUUCUGAAAAACUACAAUGAUGUUUAUGUGAUGUAUUGUCUUCCAGUUGGUUGCAAUAAUAAAAAAUACAAGUUGCAGAA